AUGACGACGGACGCUGACGAAGACGGAACCAUCACUGUCGCCAACACGGAUCUCCCCAGAGCGAAGUCGUUCAAAUACCUUGGCUCGACGAUUGCCGAAGACGGCUCAAUCGCAAACGACGUCACCGCACGUAUACAAAGUGCCUGGAUGAAGUGGAGAUCUACAACGGGCGUGAUGUGCGACCGAAAGAUGAGCGACCGACUUAAAUCGAAGAUCUACCGCACCGUGAUCCGCCCAGUGGCAAUGUACGGUACCGAAUGUUGGCCAGCGACGGCGAAGGACGAAGCAAAAUUGGCGGUCAUGGAAACUACGAUGCUUCGCUGGACCGCCGGUGUCAAGAGGCUGGACCAUGUGAAGAACGAGGACAUCAGGAAGAGAUUCGGAGUGGCGCCGAUCCGAGAGAAGCUGCGCGAAAAUCGCCUGAGAUGGUUCGGCCACGUCCUACGAGCCGACCCCACGUCCAUAGCGAAGACAAGCCACACGCUGGAAGUCGAUGGAAAACGGCCAAGAGGCCGACCCAAAAGAAGAUGGAUGGACACGCUGAACGAAGACCUUAAAGAGACAAAACUACAUCCAGACCAAGCAGCCGACAGAACAAAAUGGCGACAACGUUCCAGAAAAACGGACCCCGCGACCGAGCGGGACAGACUCUGA